CUCGCGCGCGCGGGGGGGUGCAACGUCCUACGGGGCGGCGGCAGCGCGAGCGCGCGGCGGGCGAGCAUGCCGCUCGGCGGCGCGCGCUCGCUGCCGGCGCUGCCGGGGUGCGGGAGCGCGGACGGGGCGCCGGAGGCGGGGGCCACGCCCGCGGCCGCUGCCCGAAGGUCCGCGGCCUCCGUGCCCCUGCUCCCCAGCAUCGGGGGCGGGCGCGGCCCCGGCGCCGAGAAGCGGCAGCGCCAUUGGGAGCAGAUGGCCACCACGGACGACGCCACCGGCUGGCGGCCGGAGAUGGCCCGCGCCCCGCUCUCGAGGCGGUGCGACAUCGCGACCAACGUGUUCCUGCGUUUCGGGAGCGCGACGGUGAGAACGGACGCGCCCUUUCGCGGCGCGCGGCCUGCGCCCGAGCGGCGGUCGCCCGUGGAGGUGCCCGUGAAGCGGCUAGACGGCACCGUGGACGCCAAGCCCGUGCCGUCGUGGCGGUUUCACAACGUGAAGUACCAGGCCGGCCACUACGAUGGCGCCGCCGCCAAGGGGCCGCUGCUGAACGUAGCGGGGCCCGCCGCGCCGCUCUCGCGGCGGAGCGCCGCCAGCGGGCGGACCGCGGGCAGCACCGCGCGCUGCGGAGGACCCCGCACGCUGCCGGAGCCACGGGCCGGCGGCGCUGAGGCGGAGCCCGGCGCCCCCGUUGCCGCUUCGCCAGACGCGGCGGUUGGCGACGCCGCGUCGGGCAUCCGGCUGGUGUGGCUGCCGCUGGGGGGCGGUCUGGCCGACACGCAAGCCGGGGAAGUGUGGCGAUCGGGCGGCUAUGUUGGCGCCGAGCCGCUUCAGGUGCCGCAAGGCGUGCUCCAUCCUUGGCCCUGGCUCGACCUCUGAGAGGGCCCCCGCGCGCGGGGGUGCGCCGCCUGCCCAGCUGUUGGCCUUGCCCCGAAGGUGCUCAUCGCCGUCCGCGCCGCCGCCGUUCUCCUCGGCAAUCCGAUUUCCCGAUUCGAUGCCGGCUGAUCCUGUCCUCGCUCGGUCCUCCGAGGGCCUGCUUUCGCUGCCCCUCUCUCCUUCCGCGUGCGCGCGCCCGCCGCGCACGUCCGCGGACCCGCGCGCGUGUCACCCGCGGCGGCCGUCCUGUUUUUGGCCCCGCUCGUGUCAGAGAAA